AUGAAUGUUUGGGAGCUAAAGAAACUCAUUAAGGAUGAACUGGACAUGUAUGUUGGUAGGUCUACUGUACAUAGAGCUAGAGCAAAAAUUCUAAAGGAGAUAAUAGGUGAUGUGCAUGCUGAGUUCAAGAGACUCUAUGAUUAUAGAGAUAUUCUGUUACAAACAAAUCCAGGUACAACUUGUGUUGUGAAGGUAGAAGAUCAAGGUGAAGGCAAGCUUGUCUUCAAUUCAUUUUAUGUUUGCUUCUAUGCUAUGAAGAAGGGAUGGUCUGAAGGUUGCAGAAGGAUAAUUGGCAUUGAUGGUUGUUUUCUGAAAGGCAUUUGUAAGGGUCAACUUCUUAUAGCAGUAUCAAAGGAUGGAAAUAAUCAAAUGUUUCCUAUAGCUUGGGCCAUUGUAGAGGUUGAGAACAGUUUCACUUGGACAUGGUUUUUGAAGUGUGUAACUCAUGACUUAGAGCUUCAAGAUGGAAGGGAUCUUACUAUCAUGUAUGAUAUGCAAAAGGGAUUGCUUAAAGCUGUAUCAGAAGUGUUGCCUGAAAGUGAACAUAGGUGGUGUGCCAGACAUAUAUUAGCAAACUGGUCCAAAGAUUGGAGAGGAUUAGAGAGGAGAAAUAACUUCUGGAGGUGUGCUAGAGCAUCAUGUGUGGCAGAAUUGAAUUUUCACCUGGACAGUUUGAAUAUGCUUGGGAAUGGGAUAUGUGAGAGCCUCUUGAGGUAUAACAAGGAAACCUGGUGUAGAGCAUACUUCAACUGUGACAGGAAAUGUGAUAUAAUUGACAACAAUAUGUGCGAGACAUUUAAUGCUUGGAUACUUGCUGCUCGGCACAAGACAAUUAUCACAAUGUUGGAGGAAAUUAGAGUGAAGAUGAUGGAGAGAAUAGGAAAGUUGAGGGAGUUUGCAGAUACAUGGAUAUGUGAUAUAUCCCCAAUUGCUAUGAAGGUGUAUCAGGAUAACAUGGCCCAAUCUAUGAGGUGUACAAUCAAGUGGAAUGGUGAAUAUGGCUAUGAGGUUGAGGAUACCUCAUUAAGAGUGGUGCUGAAGCAUUGUGUGAAUAUGCAAGCUCAAACUUGUACAUGCAGGUCAUGGAUGCUGAAGGGUAUCCCUUGUGCUCAUGCCAUUGCUGCUAUGCAUUUCAAGAACCUUGACCCAAUUAACUACAUAUCUCACUGGUACCACAAAUCCACCUAUCUGAAGGCAUAUUCAACAUUCAUCCAGCCUGUGUCAAACAUGCAGAUGUGGCCAACAUCUACCAAUCCACCAAUUGAACCCCCACCAAUUAAAAAGAUGCCUGGUAGACCAAAGAAGAAGAGAAAAAGAGAAGAAACUGAACAUCCUAAUUCUGGAAAGCUUUCAAGAAGGGGUAUGGAGAUGACAUGUUCAAACUGUGGUGGAUAUAGACACAACAAGAGGAUCUUCCCUAAGAAAGCAAGGCCUGCAGAUUCUACUCCAGCAAAUGCUUCAUAUAUCCAAAGAUGUGGAGGAAGAGGCAGAGCAAGAGGAACAGGAACUCCAACUACUUCUGCCCCUGCUGCUGCUGGUCGAGGAAGAGGAACUGCUAGGAAGAGGAACUAG